UCGUCGGCUACAUUCGUCCUCGUCUCGUUUGAGACAGCGCCGGGAUGCGGUGGCACCGGCGUCGAAAAUCUCUGUCCCACGGUUCAAGCUGGCAGUGACAGUUCGCGAUUACGUUGCCACCGACGAUAUUCCCGUUGCAAAUGACUUGUGGAAAGUUGGACAUGUAGUGGGCGAUGAUCGCAGAUGGGGGAAGAUCGAGUUUCGACACUGGCCAAGCCAUGCAUCUCGCUCAUUUCAUGUACAAGCUCGCGGUUAAAUUAGAGCUGAGGUGGCUCCGGCUGUUUCGUUGGACCAUCCUGGUGCCACUCGUUAUCUACCUGUCCCUGCUCUUCGUCAGGUACAACCGAAACGUGCCUUUGAAGAGCCUCGCGUCUAAACGCGAACAGGAGAGCGUGGGCUCUGUGAUGGAAAGCUUGUUCUUGGAACUGGAGGCAGUUUCGGACAAAAGGGAAGCCGAACGGAAGAUCGAGAGACCGGAAGAGAGUAUGGAGAACCCGAGGGCUUUGUUAGAGAACGUGUUUCACAGGGCAGAUACUGACCAAGACCUCUUGUUGGAUAUCCAAGAGCUGGCUAGGUGGAUUCAUACCAAGAUCACGGAACACAUCAGCAGAGCCAUGAGGGAGAACAUUGGCUUGUUCACGAUGAUCGAUAAUAAUCCACAAAACGGCGAGAUCUCGUGGGAAGAGUAUCACGCGUACUUUCUCAAGUCUCACGGAUUUCCCGAGAGCUACGUGAGCUCGCACGACAAGAGGCAUAGCGACAUGUCGCGGACACUGAAGGAGAGCAUCAUGAGGGACAGGGCCAGAUGGGCAGAGGCUGCCAGAAACGACCCAGAGAGGCUCACUCUCGACGAGUUUCUCGCUUUCACUCACCCGGAGAGCAGCCACCGAGCCCUGCUACAAAUGGUCGAGGAUCUUUUUGAAAAAUUCGAUCGCGACGGUGACGAACAGCUAACGGAGGACGAAUUCUCGGAUUUGCCGUCGGAGGGUGUGGGGCUGGACUUGAAGGAGGACAAACACGAGGUGGGCGGCAGCGAGGACAGGCGGAAGGAGUUCAGACACCUUAUCGACAAGAAUAGAAACGGGAGAGCCGAUAGAACGGAACUUCUGAUGUACAUAGAUUUAAGAAAUCCCAGACACGCGAUACAAGAGGCGAAGCACUUGAUCAGCGUGUCAGACACGGAUUUGGAUGGGAAAUUAAAUCUGUCGGAAAUUCUGAGCAAAACGGACCUGUUCCUAGGCAGCAAGAUGAUAGACACGGAACGCAGUUUCCACGACGAGUUCUAAUUUACCCGAACUCGUUUCCUUUAUCGCAAAUCUGACUAUCGCGAAGACGACAGGCCCCAUUAUUGCCGAGAUAGACAAUAUUAAUUAGCGAUAUAAUUAACGAAGGUAAAUUACUUUUCUCUCGUGGGAAUGAGCACUUUGAUCAGUAUUAUUUUCGAUAAUUGCAAUCGGGUUUCGAUUAAUUCUGUGAUAGUCUCUAUAAAACGUUUUAAAUUAAUUAACACAGCGUUUCGCAAUUUGUAUUCAAUUAUUCAGUCUCGGGUUUUCAGUUAAAUCAAAAGGAGUAGAAAUAGGAAAUUUUUCAAAUCCGUCCUCUUAAUUUAUAGCUUUAAGACUUAUCGUAAAAAAAACGUGUCUUACACUGACUGAAACUCUGUGAGAUUGAAUAUAAUUCAAUCAGGUUCCUUUUUAGAAAAGAAAACUCGUACUUUGUAGGAUGUGUUUUUGUAUAAUUAAAUAAAACAAUUUUUCCAAACACGA